GCGGCAGCGCGCAGGCGCGCCGGGCAGCCCGGCCGGCGCAGGGCCCCGGUCCUCUUCCUCCUGCGCGGCGGCGGCGGCGCUCGGUGGGGCUGUGCGGGUCCAAGAUGUCGACCAAGAAUUUCCGCGUGAGCGACGGGGACUGGAUCUGCCCCGACAAGAAGUGUGGGAACGUGAACUUCGCCAGGAGAACCAGCUGCAACCGAUGUGGGAGAGAAAAAACGACUGAAGCCAAAAUGAUGAAAGCUGGAGGGACAGAGAUAGGGAAGACUCUGGCAGAGAAGAGCCGCGGCCUCUUCAGCGCCAACGACUGGCAGUGCAAAACAUGUGGCAAUGUGAACUGGGCCAGAAGGUCAGAAUGUAAUAUGUGUAAUACUCCGAAGUAUGCUAAAUUGGAGGAGCGGACAGGAUACGGAGGAGGAUUUAAUGAACGAGAGAAUGUUGAAUAUAUAGAACGUGAAGAAUCAGAUGGGGAGUAUGAUGAGUUUGGUCGCAAGAAGAAAAAGUAUAGAGGAAAGCCAGUUGGUCCGGCGUCUAUCCUGAAGGAAGUAGAAGAUAAGGAAUCUGAAGGGGAAGAUGAGGAGGAUGAGGAUGGAGAUCUUUCCAAAUACAAAUUGGAUGAGGAUGAGGAUGAAGAUGAUGCUGACCUCUCAAAAUAUAAUCUUGAUGCCAGUGAAGAAGAGGACACUAAUAAGAAAAAGAAAUCCAAUAGGCGCAGUCGUUCUAAGUCUCGAUCUUCCCACUCACGAUCUUCAUCACGCUCAUCCUCUCAUUCAAGCUCAAGGUCUAGGUCCAGGUCCCAUUCAAGAAGUUCUUCCAGUUCCAGAUCAAGAUCUCGUUCCAGUUCCAGAGAACACUCUAGAUCUCGUGGGUCGAAAUCAAGAUCCAGCUCCAGGUCCUACAGGGGGUCUUCAACCCCAAGGAAAAGAUCUUACUCAAGCUCUCGUUCGUCAUCGUCCCCCGAGAGAAGCAAGAAGCGAAGUCGUUCUAGAUCUUCUUCAUCUGGUGAUCGCAAAAAAAGACGAUCGAGAUCACGGUCACCCGAAAGACGCCGCAGAUCAUCAUCUGGAUCUUCCCAUUCUGGUUCCCGUACAAGUUCUAAAAAGAAAUAAUGUCUUAAAGCUCACAUUUAGGAAAAAAAAAAAAGAAAAAGUUUCCAGUCAGUGCAUGAGACAUUUUUAAGAAGUUGGUGUCUUACUUGGUCAGAAGUGCUAAAUCUGCUAGUAGAGGUGCAUGUCUGUCCUUGCUUUCUGGAAAACUGCAGCUUUGUUCAUUCAUGAAACAAAAAGUGAGAUAGCAUUUUAAGCCAUAAACUCCUCAGAGGUGUGAAGGUUUUUUGUUUUGUUCUCUUUGAUUAAGAGGUUUUUUGUUGUUGUUUUUUUUAAGACUCAGUUACUCGAUUUCUAGCUUUCCUAUGUACGAGCAGUCGUGGGUUGGAUACGUUUAUAUCAUUUACCACUCUGCUCUUGAUGUGGCGAUUACAAAAAAAGUAUCUGAGGAUGUCGGAGGAGCCCAUGAGCUUUCUGCAUCUCCUGAGCUUGUUUCAUGUAGCUCUCGUGGGACCACAAAGAUUUAGUGUAGCUGUAGGGCUGUUACUGCCCACCGGAUCAAAGCAGUGAGUUCUUGGGUCUCAUUUGUUCUAUUGUUCUGUGUUGAAGUAGAAACGUAGGUGGCUGCCCCCUUCUUUAGCUACGCUCAGUGCAGAAAUGCUGCUAAGUACCAAGUCCAUCAUACGAUUCUGUAGAGAGCGCAUUGGAUUUUGUUCCUUCCAUGCGAGGAUGUCUGAGAUGCGGGGCACUGCCCUCCCCAUUGCUCAAGUCUUGUAGCUGCCGCUCCUGUCACUGUAGAAACGAUUCACUGCAGUCAGCAACGUGCACCUCCUGCAGUUGGUACCGGGUGCAGUUUUUUCACGUGCAUGGAUCCUGGGCUUUGCAGUCCUUUCUUAUAAAAGGAUCGCUCGGGAGCUCCUCUUGAGAUGGAGGAAUGAUGGAACUAGCUUCUUGGAAUCAAGUGAAGUUUCAGCAGGCCAUCUGUAAAAUUCCUUUUCGGCAGACAGAUUUUCCAGGUAUCUGAACUUUAUUUAUGUUUAAAAACGCAAAUAAACCGUAGAAAGUUCUAGUAUCUUCAGUGUGUUCUUCAUCCUUCUUUUUUUUUCCCUAAACGUAUACUUUAUGGCUUAAAAUGCUUUACGGAAUUUAUUUCGCUAGUAGUAUCCCAUUGAAACUUGGUCUCUCUUGAGCUCCGUUUGGUUAAGAAAGAUUUAAGUAUCUUCAGUGCCAUCACAAGGUAAGUAUGUUAAGGAAAAUUCUUUUUAAGCAAGCGAACAGCGAUAUCUGCAAUUAUCUCCACAGUAAAAGUUCAAGCCCAUAGCUGACAGGAAGUUUCUAAGAUGAACUACACCAAAACAAACGGAGCAAAAUUAAAAACUACCUGCUUUUCCUCGUAAAGACACUUGUUUGGGACUGUUAUAUAGGCAAAAUGGUUUUGGUGUAGAAAUAUUUUGGCAAUCUUUCAGCAGGGGGAAAAAAUGACCUGCCAUUUCUUCUUUAAUGCUUUCUUUCCAUCUAAUUUCCAUGCUAAGUGUGCGUAGGUUACACAAGAGCAGGUUAGUCUGUAACUGUGCCUCUGACGACUUUCAAGUCCAACUACUAAAGUGUAAAGAGCAGAUCUAAUAGACGCUAUGUUGUUACCUUUGGUUUUUUUCCUUGUGCUCUGUAUUACAAUUGUUGCUGUACUUGCCAGAUGAAAGUUUUUACAUUUAGCGAGUGGUGGCCUACAGACAAAAAGAAAAUUAUGGUUUCAUUUGGCUUAGACAAAAUGUAAGGCAAAAUGAUUCUGUAGACGAGUGUAAAUAAAAGCUGUGAGUCAA